CCUUCCUCUUCCCGCACGCAUUCCUUUCUCCUGUCGACUGUCGUGUCUCCUUGGUCCUUGCAUUACCACUCCUCCGGCACUCCGCACUCCCACUCCACUGUCAUCAACCUCGCUCCCUCUCUGGCCCUCUCUCUAGGAGUUCAUCACUCUCUCUCUCUCUCUCUCUCCCUGUCUCCUACCGAUGUCUCCAGCUCCACUACUCAGGCUCGCCUCACUCCUCUUCCUCUUCCUCGUCCACUCGGCCGCCGCCGGCGACACCAGGCGUGCGCUGCACGAGCCGCUCUUCCCUAUCGAAUGGACCCCGCCGCCAUCCACCACGGCGCCUCCAGCACCGGGAUUCGCCUCCGAUCCCUCCACACCCGUCCCACCCGUCUACAACGGGGGGCCGGCGCUACUCCCCGCUCCGCCGCCACCGAACACUGUCGCCGCGGACGCCUCUUCGUCCCGCACUGGCCCGGCCCCGCGGCGCCACGGCGGCGGCGGCGGCGGAACGCCCAAGGCGGCCAUCGUCGUCGCCUCUGCGGCCGCGGCGGCCGUCCUCGCGCUGCUCGCCUUCGCCGCCGCGUUUCUCCUGACGGGCCGUCUCGCGCGGCACCCCGCGUGGACGCACAAACCCACCGGCCUCGCCGCCGCCGCGCACCCCGGGCCAGCCUCCGCGGUCGUGCUGCACGCCGACGCGGUGGGCACCUCUGCGGCGGCGGCGGCGGCCUCGUCGUCGGGUGCGACUGCCACUUCCACACCGCACCGGAAAGCCCGCUCGGAGCGCGCCAGGUGGGGCAUGUGCCGCGACGUCGACACCGUCCCGAGCCCGGAACUCAGGCCGCUCCCGCCGCUCCGGCGCGCGGGGUCGUCCGACGAGGACGCCGCGUACUACACGCCGGGCCAGCGCUCGGCGGGGUCCGCGGGCGGCGAGGGCGCCGGGACCGGGACGUGGAGCGAGGCGAGCGCGUCCAGCCCGCGGACCACCACCCCCUCCCGCCGCAGCCUCCCCAGCCUCACCAGCGAUUUCUUCCCACCGACGCCGGCCGCCGCCGUUCCAGCUGCAAGCGUGGCGCCUCCUCCGCCCGCCCCUCCUGUGCCACGCUCCCGUCGCACUCUGCCGCGGACUCGCUUCUCCGCAGGCUCCGCCUCGGAUAUGAUCAAACAAGUGGUCUCGCCACCCUCCAACCCACCACCACCUCCUCCACCACCACCGCCAAGAUGCACCAACGCAGUCCCAAAACCUUCUCCACCACCACCGGAACCAUCCUAUACACCAUUGUCAACGCGCCGGCUUCACAAACUAAAGCAAACAGAGGGGCCAGGUGUCGCUGUUCCGAGCGCACCCGUCAUGGCGGUGAACAAGGACAACGACGGCAUGCCGAUUCGGACGAACGAUGAUCCUGCCGCUGCCGGCGACGAAGCCCGUCCCAAGCUGAAGCCGCUGCACUGGGACACGGUCCGGGCGUCCUCCGACCGCGACAUGGUCUGGGACCGGCUCGAGUCCAACUCAUUCCAGUUGGAUGAGGACAUGAUCGAGGUGCUUUUCACGAACAAUGCUGCAAAUGCGCCUCCUAGGGAUACACUUAGAAAGCCUGGAGUGCCGCUAUGCGGUGCCCAAGAGAAGGUCCUUGAUCCUAAGAAGGCGCAGAACAUCGCCAUCCUGCUGCGCGCACUGAACGUCACUCUGGAAGAGGUCACGGAUGCGCUGCUAGACGGCAACGCUGAAUGCCUGGGGGCGGAUCUGUUGGAAACCUUGGCAAAGAUGGCUCCUACAAAAGAGGAAGAGCUCAAACUCCGCAACUUCACUGGGGAUAUAUCGAAGCUCGGUUCCGCGGAGCGGUUUCUCAGGGCGCUGCUUGACAUCCCUUUCUGCUUCAAAAGAGUGGACGCCAUGCUCUACCGGGCGAAUUUCGACGGCGAAAUUAACUACCUCAGGAAAUCUUUCCAGACACUAGAGGGAGCCUGCGACGAUCUAAAAGGCAGUAGACUGUUCCUGAAGCUACUCGAAGCUGUCCUGCAAGCCGGGAACCGAAUGAACGUCGGCACGAACCGUGGGCAGGCAAGAGCCUUCAAGCUGGACACUCUGCUCAAGCUCGCGGACGUCAAAGGCGCCGACGGCAAGACCACCCUGCUGCACUUCGUCGUCCAGGAGAUGGUCCGGUCGGAGGAGGACGCGAGGACGACGUCCGAGAGAGCCGCAGAGGAUGAGGCCAGAAAGAUCGCGAGAGACGAGACGUUCCGUAGUAAGCAAGGGCUGAAGGUAGUGUCCGGGCUGAGCGGCGAGCUCGGGAACGUCAGGAAGGCAGCCGCCAUGGACUUCGACGUGCUUCACGGCUACGUGUCCAAGCUCCAGGCCGGGCUCGGCGGGGUCAGGUCGGUCCUCGCGCUCGAGAAGCAGUGCGCCCAAUUGCAAGCCCAAGGCCACCACCACAGGUUUUUCGCCAGGAUGCGUGGGUUUCUCGAGGAGGCUGGGGCGGAGAUCGGACGAGUCAGGCGCGACGAGGAGAGGGCCCUGGGGAGAGUGAAGGAGAUCACCGUGUAUUUCCACGGUGACGCUGCCAGGGAGGAGGCGCACCCUCUGAGGAUCUUCGUGGUGGUCAGGGACUUCCUGUCCACGCUGGACCGUGUCUGCAGGGAGGUCAGCCAGCAGGACAGGACGGUGGUUGGGUCCGCGAGGUCCUUCCGCAUGUCAGCGGCCACGGCAAUGGCGAACCUGAGAAUGUACGGCCAGCAUGCAAGAGGAGACGAUGACGACGAGGAGGAGAGUUGGUCGCCGUAGGGAAUGGGGAGCACGGACAGGGAAAAGAACAGAACUACAAGAACACCUUAUAGAUGCAAACCAAGCACAUUAUGCACAUAUAUAUAUAUAUAUCUCUACUACUCCUUAAGUUACUA